AUGGUUCGGCUCUACCAUCUAUCCCUCCUACUCCUCGCCUGCCUCGCGACGGCUGCCGCCGUGGCUGCCGAUCUGCCAGGUGGGAAGAAGGUGACCAUCACCAUGAGCCUCGGUUUGGCUGUGCAAUACCUUCUGACCACCCUGGAGAAGCAGCAAGACUAUGAGAAGGCGUCUAGAUCUGAGGGCACAACGUGCCACCAAGCUAGCUCCGCCUAUGAUCAGUUCGUAACUUGGCCUGCUGGUUCUUUCUCUUUCCCCAGCUCUAGGAUAUGUUGGAGGGAAUCAAGGUGGGGAUGGCAUGCCCAGUGGCAAAGUGGUAUAGGAGAUCGAGCUUUUGAUCCUUUUCUGAGAAGAUUAGGCGCCUUUGGAGUUUCAAGUUUCAUGUCCUGUUUCUGUUAUCAGCAAGUGCCCAGUAGAAGUGGCAGUUUUUAA